AUGGCCAAUACAAGGAGUAGGAAUAGAAACCAGAAUCAUGAUGAUGCAUCUUGUAGGAAGAGGUUCAAGACUCAUGACAAAAGUGUUGUGAUACCUUGGUCAGGCCUUAACCAUGAUGUGCUUCUUUUAGUUCUAAUGAAACUGGGAGCCGUUGAUUUUAUUGCAUUCAGUGGAGUUUGCAAGUCAUGGAGAUCACUCGCACUCCCAAACAAGAAGAUGUUUAUGCAAUCCAGACCACCAAUGUCGAUAUGGAUCAAAGAUUGUCCUUAUAAGAAAGAAUGCUAUUUAGAAGACUUUGAAGGAAUAAAGUUCAAAAUCCGCCUUCCUAAUUCUAUUGGCAGGAGAUGUGUUGGAUUAACUUGUGGUUUCUUGAUCUUGUUUUGGGAUUAA